AUGGCCGACGUUCAUGGACUUUCUCAGACGACUGUAUGUAAUGUCCUCAAACGAGUGACCAUUGCCAUUGCUAGAUUGAGACCACACUAUAUAGCAUUCCCCAAUAACGUGGAAUUGGACAGUGUUAAAGCAAGGUUUUUAAAUAUUGCUGGUUUUCCAAACUGUGUAGGAGCUAUCGAUUGCAGUCAUAAUCGUAUAAUUGGACACGGUGAUAACGGACAACGAUUUAUCAACAGAAAAGGCUGGUCUUCUAUCAAUGUCCAAGCAGUAAGUGACACUAACCAUACAUUUGUGAACAUAGUGGCACACUGGCAUGGGUCAGUUCAUGACAGUAGAAUAUUUAACAACAGUUUACUAAAGCAGAAGUUUGGAGAUAUAGAUAGAUUAUUGAUUGGUGGUUCGGGAUAUCCCUGUUUGCCUUACCUAAUGACACUUCUGCUGAAUCCAAGAGAUGAUGCCGACAAUAGAUACAACCGAGCUCUAUGUUCAACAAGAAACUUAGUGGAAUGCAUGUUUGGGAUUUGGAAACGCAGGUUUCCUUGUCUAACAUACACUCUCCGCUUCAAGGACAUACGUGCAUCUCUAGCAGUGAUCGUAGCCGCAGCGGUAUUGCAUAACAUUGCUGUCGCUGAAAGGGAACCUAAUUUUAAUGAUGACCUUGAUGAUCCACAGCCUCCACUUAGGAUCAAUGGGGUGCAAAAUGGUCGUGGCAAUGCUGUCGGAAGGGCUAUGAUUCAGCAAUAUUUUUCUUAA